AUGAAGAUCUUCUGCGUUAUGGUUAUGAUACUGGCGACUGCAUGUGUGGCAGUACCCAUGAAAAGACACACGCGUGACGAGAAUAUUUCACAUGCAAAGCCCCGUUCCGAACAUAACCAAUCUCUCCAAGCCAGCAGACCACCUGGCUGUAGAGCUACUCGACCAUCACCAGCCACGAGCUCAACACCAACACCAACACCAACACCUACUCCAACACCCACGGCACCAAAACCCUACACAUUCAACAUCGAGAUUAGCAACGAGCGCCAGCAUAUCGGGAGUUUUUACGGCACCUUCAUCCGUGACGAUUUCAGGAAAUUCCUCGAAAAGAAGUGCUCAAAAGGCGGGCAACCAUGCAAAACCAGCGUACAUACUUUUGUCAGCAUCGAGCACUCAAACAAGGGUGGCACCGUUGAAAGAUCCAAAGCCGAUGUACAUAUCGCCAGCGCCUCUAUCCCAGAAGAAUACCGCAAAGGUCUGCAGCAAGCUUUCAUCGAGCAGAUCGCAGACACGUUCAUGCUUGCCACCAUCGACGACAAGAACUGUUACAAGUUUGAUCGCAAGUCGACCAUAUGCGCGCUCUGCAAAAAUUCGUGGUGCGUGGUGCUGCCGGAUCGCGAUAACAAGCUUGAUGAGCCGGAUAAGCGCGGUAGAGUCAUCAGGUGGUGCAAUGCGCCGGCGUAUGUGAAGGUGAGUGUCUCGGAUUCUGAUGGGAAGGAGGUUGCACAUAUGAGGGUCGAUCUAAAAUUCAGGGGCGUCACGGACCAGGGGAAGUUUGAUUGUGUCGGUACUAUAGCUGCUGUUGACGGGAACGCGCGCGAUAACCGGCAGGGUAAGCUGGAGGAAGCUAUGGGCGGUAAAGACUUCGAUACAGCGGUGACUUGUUCGAGCCAGGAGGUUACAGGGAGCUGUCCGAAUGAGGAGUGUUUGUAUCAGGUAGGUUCCUGCUUCAAAUGA